GAAGAGAGAAACUAUGGAGAGUGAGCAAUCACGCGAGUAGAAGAGGAAGAGAGAAGGAAAUGAGAAGACGGCUCUUAACACUCUCAAGAGUAGCCCUCCUCGAGCUCGAGCUCACCAAAAGAAGAAUGUCUGCAGCAACACCCAUGGCGGAUUUUCUCACGAAAAGUCCUUACUCUCCUCCUUCGUGGGCUUCUCAUCUUCGUCCGCUUCCUUCCCACACCUUCUCCCUCGCUCACCGUCCUACUCCGAUCCAUCGAUGGAACCUCCCCGGUCUCCCCAACGGCACCGAACUCUGGAUCAAGCGAGAUGACUUCACGGGGAUGGAAUUGAGCGGGAACAAAGUCCGGAAACUCGAGUUCCUAAUGGCCGACGCCGUGGAGCAGCAAGCCGACACCGUCAUCACCAUCGGCGGUAUCCAGAGCAACCACUGCCGCGCCACCACCGUCGCUUCUAACUACCUCAAUCUCGACACUCAUCUUAUCCUCCGCACCUCCAAGCUUCUUGCGGAUGGAGAUCCUGGGUUGGUUGGGAAUCUCCUUGUUGAGCGCCUCGUUGGAGCUAACGUUCAUCUCAUCUCCAAGGAAGAGUAUUCCUCCAUUGGGAGUGAGGCUCUCACUAGUGCCUUGAAAGAGAAGCUGGAGAAAGAAGGGAAAAAGCCUUAUGUUAUUCCCGUUGGUGGAUCCAACUCUCUGGGAACUUGGGGUUAUAUUGAAGCAGCAAGGGAAAUUGAGGAGCAGCUUAAAUGUAGAACUGAUGGCCUCAAGUUUGAUGAUAUUGUGGUUGCAUGUGGCAGUGGUGGUACAAUUGCUGGUAUUUCAUUGGGAUCUUGGUUGGGAGCUCUUAAAGCCAAGGUCCAUGCUUUCUCGGUAUGCGAUGAUCCUGAUUACUUUUACGACUUUGUCCAAGGCCUUCUGGAUGGACUUCAAGCUGGUGUUAACUCUCGCGAUAUUGUUAGCAUCCACAAUGCCAAGGGAAAAGGAUAUGCAAUGAACACUUCAGAGGAGCUUAAGUUUUUAAAGGACAUAGCUAGUGCAACAAGUGUGAUUCUUGAUCCUGUUUACAGCGGGAAAGCUGCGUACGGUUUGAUAAAUGAGAUGACCAAGGAUCCCAAAAGUUGGGAGGGGAAGAAGAUAUUGUUCAUACACACUGGUGGGCUUCUUGGGUUGUAUGAUAAAGUUGAUCAAAUGGCUUCUCUGAUGGGAAACUGGAGCCGUAUGGAUGUUCAAGAAUCCGUCCCAAGAAAAGAGGGUGUUGGGAAAAUGUUCUAGCAGAACAAAAACCUGAUUCUGUAAUAAUCCUGUGAAGAUAAGACAGGUUGAACACUUGUUUGUGCAUUUGGUCUGAUAAAAACGCAUCCAUUCAUGUGAUUUCUAUUCUGUGUAUUAUGUUUCAUAGCUAUCGAUGAUUAAUAAAAUGGUGGGUCCACUCUCUUUCUUUCUUA